AUGCAGUUUCAAGAAACCGAGCCUGAUCAAGUCCUGGACAUUGAGCAGAGCGAAACCACUAAAUGGCUGCAACAUACGGGCUGGCCACAGUUGUUCCGCAAUCGACCACUUGAUAUUAUUGCUGCAUCAUCACUACAGCCUGGACCAGCAUGGAAUGAAGAUUAUCUCCUAGGUUCAUGGCAGGGUACCCAGAUUUGGAGCUCCGUGGCGGUUGAAGCUCAGCUGCGAAUUAUACUACGUGGUGUCGACUUGAUGUUCGAUCGGGCCAAAUUCACGUUAGCUAGGACGUCAUACAGAUCCCGCUGCUGGCUUAAUACCUACUGGAAAGAUGUAUUCUGGCCACAUGAGUUCCGAAUUAUAUCCAGCCAGAAGAGAUACAUUUCCACAUGGAAGAGGUUUAUCUGUUUCAUAUUUAGGACCUUGCAAUCCAGUCCACAAUUGCGCCGAGAAAUUUAUAACUUGAGACUCAGACCUGAUGAGGUCAAGAUGAUGCGGCAUAUACUGGACUUGGCAUCCACUUUGCAGCAGCAAGGGAAAGAAGAAUGGGAUGAUGAUUCAGAAUACGCAAGUCAAGACGAGGGGGAAGAGUCCAGUGAUGGGGAGGACAACGAAUCCCUCGAAGACUACGAUGGAGAAAGUGUCGAAACUGAUGAAGACGAAGAUGUCGAAUACGAUAGCGGGGACAGAGAUGAAUUGAUGGCCUUCACUCUCCCUCCUGGCUUCUGGCUACAUCUAUCUGAGGCCAUCUUUCAACUCUCGAUGAUGUUCUGGACACACCGAGACCCCGCCGGAGACAUGUCUUCCUCGGUGCUCAUUCACUACACAGCAGUCAUGGGGAUCCAAAGAGACUCCCUUGUCUACAAUUCGGCGUACAACUCGACGCCGAAACUGGCUGCUCUGAUGUGGAUUGGCCGUCUUUUGUUCCUCGAAUACGCCUUGCCCGUUUACACCUACGACACCCUCGCCUUCCCUUGGCCAUGUCGGACGAGCUACCCGUCCCAGCCCGAUCGCCUGGACUCAAUCCGCAGGAAGUAUCUUCUCCGGGGGUGCUAUACCCCCUUUGGAGAGAUGAUCGAACUGAAAGCAUUUACGAAAUCUAUUAUGAAACGAGAGGGCAUCCCAGGAAAUCUUUCCUGGGCUCCAGACGGCCGCUCGUUCACAAUCGGUGACGACAAGAAAGUUCAGCUAUCCGAAUUCUGUGAGACAUACCAUAAGGUCAUGGCGCAGGUUCACGAGCAGGUCAACGAGAUGAUGCUGGGCUGGGACCCUAGUAUUGACCUGUCUACUAUUCGGGACGACUUGACCUGCCGAACAGCUGGCUGGUCCUUCCUUCGCAAAGCUGAGAACAACCUGGGUAGCAUUUGGAAGACGCUGCUACAAAGGCUUGAAUCUUCUUCAUUCCGUGGCCGACCGUUUAUCAAGUCCGGGUCUUAG